CCCCCCCCUCUCCUUCCCCCACCUCCCUCGCCGCCGCCAGGGGGCGCGCCUCCCCCAACACACACACCCACCCAUCCAGGGCGGGAUGCGGGAGCCGGGCAUCUCGGCGUCGACGGGCCGGCGUGACAGGCGGCGUGGUGGCUGGCUGCAUAUUUGGCGGCGGCCGGCUCUUCGGGUGGUGCGCGCGGGUUGGCCCCGGUCAGAUCCGUCCGGAUCUGGCGCUAGCGCCUCUUCCGACGGCACGGGCUGGGUUCAGCACGGCCGCGGGCGGCUGGCGCUGCCGUGCAGGGGGUGUCGGCGCUGUGGUGGUGGCGGUGGUUCGUGCUGGUGGUGGAGCCGGUGGCGGGGUGGGCUUCGGCCGGCUUUGCGUGCGGCGACCUUUGGCGGCGAGGGUGGUGAUGUUCUGCUGCAGGACGGCUCGGGCCUUUGGCGGCGAGGGUGGUGAUGUUCUGCUGCAGGACGGCUCGGGGCUGCUCCUUGGGGUCCCGGUGUACGUGGGCUGCCACGGCGUGGUGGUGGCUCAUGGCGGUGGUCCGGGUCGUCUCACGGCGGCGGCUGUCUUCGACGUCGUCCGGUCGAUUCUACCCAAGGAUUUACGAGAUAAUCUGCAGAAUGAACCUAGAAGGGACCAACUGUUGGAGGUUAUUCUAGAUUUGGGGAGACAACCUGAGGCACGUUUCCUUGGUAAUUCUGGUGGCCAGUAUCUACGGGAUAAUGAGAUUUCACAGCUAGAGUUGGAGGAAGCUCAGAGAGCUGUAGGAGAAUUUGGACGUGACAACCGUGCAGGAAUCGAAGGUACAUUGCAUAGGAUAUCUGCCAUAAGGAGUAGAAAAGGACUGGUUGUUGGUUUGACCUGUCGAGUUGGCCGUGCCGUCAAUGGGCAUGUUGAUAUGGUCCGCGAUCUUUUAAACUACAAAGAGAGCAUUCUGUUUUUGGGAAGACCUGGGGUUGGCAAGACUACUGUUAUGCGUGAGAUUGCACGUGUUUUAGCAGACGAGUUCCAGAAAAGGGUGGUAAUUGUAGAUACAAGUAAUGAGAUUGGUGGGGAUGGGGACAUUCCUCAUGCUGCAAUUGGUGGCGCAAGAAGAAUGCAAGUACCUGAACCAUCAAUGCAGCAUAGGGUGAUGAUUGAAGCAGUUGAAAACCAUAUGCCUGAGGUGGUCAUUGUAGACGAGAUUGGAACUGAAUCAGAGGCGCAAGCUUGUCGGUCAAUUGCAGAAAGGGGUGUAAUGCUUAUUGGUACUGCCCACGGAGAAAGGCUUGCAAACAUUAUAAAGAAUCCAGUUUUAUCUGACUUGGUUGGAGGAGUAGAAACUGUCACUCUUGGUGAUGAGGAAGCUCGUGCGCGACGUACUCAAAAAAGUAUACUGGAGCGGAAGGCCCCUCCAACAUUUCCUUUUCUUAUUGAGAUGAGGGAGCGACACUAUUGGGUCACUCAUCGGACUGAGAGGAGUGUCGAUAUGCUACUUCAUGGCAAGAAGCCACUCGUUGAGGUCAGGAAAAGGGAUAAUGAGUUUCAGGUUAUCAUUGAAAGAUGGGCAACGUAUGAUGGAGAUGGACUCUGAAUUCCAAGAUUUCAAGUUGUUAUUUCUCCUGCCAUGCUUCAUUUUCUUCCUACUUGCGGUCUUUGUGGAUAUCCGGUACAAAUUCUAUCGAGCAUGUUAUUCUAAGGUAGAAUGGAGAGAUCCUGGUUCCUAAAGUUUGUUGAGUUUAUUUGGCAUAAAAUAGUGAUAUUGUUAUUAUAAAGGAACUGAUGCUGCCCAUUAAGCUUAGUACACAAGCUCCAUACCUUUUCUAUAUAUUCUUCAUUAUAUCGAUGUCAUUGUAAAUCCCUUUCCUUCUCAAAUUCGGUCUUCCAUCGGUCACAGUAGGGCCUAUUUAUUUUAGACUCGAAGCUGUACACUUUGGUGCUGAAAUUGACAGUGGGUUAGUUAUUAUGUCAAAUGGCAGAAAAUGCCCUGGGAAUUAUUUUAAAA